UUGUUGUAUUACAAUCUCAACACACAAAUGAAAUGUAUGUAUCAUUCAAUUGAAUGAAUGAAUGGUUUUUUAUAUUAAUAUUAAUAUUAUAAAUGGAUUGAAAACAUUGAAACACACAAUAGUUUUAGUAGUUUUUUUUAAUUGCAAUUUAAAUAGCAAUCAAUUGAAUUGAAUUCAAUAGUUGUUAAUUGAAAAUAAGAUAAUAAAUAAUACAAAAAAAUCAAUCACUCGUGAGGUGUGUAUGUGUGGACACAUCAUAUCUUAACGACGACUACUAUCAGCACAUUUUGAUGACAACAACAACCGACUGGUUAUUGAAGAACAAGUAGAAGAAGAAGAAAAGCCAUGAUUUCAUUAUUAUCGUUGUUGUCAUCAUAAUCAUUAAAAAAAAAGUCGUUUAACAAAUCGUCAGUCACGACGACCACGACAACAACCGACAUGAAGAUCGACAGAAGCAAAUCAAAGAAGAGUUCGUCCGAAGUGCCGGCCGACUGUAAGGCACUCAUCGAUAGGCUGAAGGCGUGUACAGAAACCGAGUUAUUGGUCGAACUGAAGAAUAUUAAGUCAUGGAAUUGUGGAAAAUGUGAACUCUACCAUUGGAUUGAUGUACUCGACAUCUUUGACUCGAUACUCGAGUCGUGUUGUUUUCGUCAAAACGAAAGCCAAUGGUCACUGCCGGUCGAUGAGGCCAACAAUGAAACUAAGAAAGAGCUCCUAAUGAACAUAAUUAUGUUUACGGCUCUACUAAUUGAACACUCAUUUUCGAGACAUCUGUACAAUUCAAUGGAGCAUUUAAUAACACUAUUGUCAUCGCGAGACAUGCAAAUAGUCUUAGCCGUAUUAAAUCUACUCUAUGUCUUCAGCAAGAGAUCUAAUUUUAUAUCACGAAUAAGUACCGAAAAACGACAGGCAUUACUCAUACGAUUGACAUAUCUGGCAGAGAAUUGGGGCGGAAAAGAAAACGGUUUCGGUUUAGCCGAAUGCUGUCAAAACCUACCGAUGUCUGCAUUUCCAUCCAGUGCUACGACACUUCAUUUUGAAUACUUUAGUGAUUCGGAUCCGACAAAUACGAAGAAAAAUACUUCAUCAUUGAAUGUCAUUCAUAUUGAUAGUAUCGAUCAAUUGGACAAAACAUUGGCACAGAUUAUGGAAGAGAUGGACGACUCGUAUAAGAUUCCUGUCGACAAACAGAUGCUAUUGUUUACACAUCUAAGACUAGCGAAAAGUUUUUCAAAUUAUAAGCAACGUCUUCAGUGCGUUCAGGCGAGACUACAGGCCUUAUCCAUAAUUGUUUACUGUCAAGCGAUGUCAUUACAAGACAAUGCGGCAUCACUUCUCUAUAAUGGACUAAUUGAAGAAUUAGUAGACGUAUUGGAAUUAAAAGACAACAAUUUAAUUGAGAUAAAAGCCGCCUCUUUAAGGACGUUAACAUCUAUUAUACAUUUAGAUAGAAAUUCAAAAUUAAAUACGAUUAUUGACGUAACGGGAGCCGCCUCUUAUCACGGCUUUUUGCCGGCACUGGUACGCAGUUGUAUUCAGGCGCUCAUCGAUGGUAACACCGAUCUAUUUCCACUGCCAUUUGCAACGGCAUUAUUUUCAUUUCUAUAUCAUUUGGCCAGUUAUGAAAACGGAGGCGAAGCUUUAGUCCAGUGCGGAAUGAUGGAGUCAUUGCUUAAAGUGAUCAACUGGAAGGGUACCGAAUCGGAACACAUUACGUUCGUGACUCGAGCCGUCAGAGUUAUAGAUCUCAUAACAAACCUCGAUAUGACUGCCUUUCAGUCUCAUUCUGGUCUCAAUGCGUUUGUUCAACGAUUGGAGUACGAGGUUGACAUUUGCCGAAUUGAACAACCGUUUGUCAUUGAAGUGGCCGCCACUAGACGCGAAUCAACCGAAGCCCUACUAAAUGAAUCGCUAAUGUCCACCAAUUGCGGUGAUAUACCCAUGGAAGUCGAUUCGACUGGUGCUGGUGGUGGUAGUAGUAGUAGUCAUAAUGUCGAUGAUAUUAGCGGUAAUCCAAGUACUUCUGGAACGACAUCAAUAGUAAUAGAUCAGCCCAUCAAAGAUAUACAAUGUUAUCCACAAAGAGCGGCAUUACUGAAAUCGAUGCUCAACUUUUUGAAGAAAGCCAUUCAGGAUCCGGCAUUUGCUGAUACUAUACGACACUUAAUGUACGGCAAUCUUCCGCGAUCUUUGCGACACAUCAUCAGUAACGCCGAAUACUACGGUCCGUCGCUAUUCCUUUUAGCCACCGAUGUCGUCACUGUCUAUGUCUUUCAAGAACCAUCACUGCUGUCAUCGCUUCAGGAGAACGGUCUAACCGAUGUAGUCCUACACGCAUUACUUGUCAAAGAAGUUCCCGCGACUCGCGAAGUGUUGGCCUCUUUACCGAACGUAUUCAGUGCCCUAUGUCUGAACAGUCGCGGUCUCGAGGCGUUUGUCGCCUGCAAGCCAUUCGAGCGUCUAUUCAAAGUGCUUCUGUCGGCCGAUUAUUUGCCAGCAAUGCGUCGCCGCAGAAGUAGUGAUCCAAUGGGUGAUACCGCUUCAAACUUAGGCAAUGCUAUGGACGAACUGAUGAGACAUCAGCCAAGUCUGAGGACAGAUGCAACGUCUGCUAUAAUCAAAUUACUCGAAGAGCUCUGCCUAUUGGGAACUGAUCCCAAUUAUGUCUGCUCUAAGCCGACAGCAAAAUCAAACGAUACGAACGGCAGUGGCGUCGGCGGCGCCAACAACAACGAUGUCGUACGUAAUAAUAACACACCAGUCGGUAACGAAGUCGGUUCUUCAGAUGAAGAAGAAGAGGAAGACGACGACGCGACCAAUGCUGCCACUGCUUUGACAUUGAAAACCAAUGGCAACGGCGGCACUAGUAGUGACGCCAAAACGCCAGUUCCACUCGUUGACUAUAUAUUGAAUGUGAUGCGUUUUGUUGACGCCAUUCUAAGCAAUAAUUCAACUGACGAUCAUUGCCGGGAAUUUGUCAAACAAAACGGAUUGACACCGUUGCUGAAUAUUCUUCAAUUACCUAAUCUUCCCAUUGAUUUUUCAAUGUCACCGGCCUGUCUAUCGGUGGCCAGUGUUUGCAAAUCCAUAUUGAAUUUGGCACACGAACGACAAGUACUAACCCUUGGCUUAAACGCACUCAAUCAAGUGCUCGAAAAGUUAGAUCUACUACAUCGGCCACUCGAUCCACCCGGCGGUAGUGUACUACUAGAAGAACUGGUUCUGGCUUCGGGUAACAUCAAUAGCGAUCCUUUUCAGACAUCAUCGCUAACACCGCUAUUGCACGCCAUGUCGGCCGCCCACGCCUACAUACUGAUGUUUGUGCACGUAUGCCGUACCGGCCAAAGUGAUAUACGUAAUCUAUCGAUUACCCACUGGGGCUCCAAACUGGGCCUAACUGUCCUCCAAGGACUCAGCCGACUCUACACGUCACUCGUUUGGGAAAGUACUGUACUGUUGGCUCUCUGUUCCGAAUCUUCGGCCAAUGCUAACUGGCAGUUUGGUCGACACCAACUGGAACGGCUUACCAGUGCUCUGAAUCUGAACGAUACAGAUGUUAUUGUUGCCGUCGAAAUCAGUGAUACGGAUGCGAAUGGCGGCGCCGGUGCUGCCCUUUCAUCGGCCACCACUUCGACCGCUACUAACAUGGAAGUCGACGAUACCAAUGACAUGACGCCCACCACCGCCUCCUCGGCUGCCGCUGCCGAAGCAAUUAAGAAAAAUAAGACUAAGAGUCCGAACAGUAGUAGUAGUACUCAAUCAUCAAAAAUGACAGCUCAACAAAAACAGAUUAAACCAUUGUUGACCAGUGCCUCGCGACUUGGCCGGGCAUUGGCCGAACUAUUUGGCCUUCUCGUCAAACUAUGUGUUGGAUCUCCUAUAAGACAUCGUCGUAGUCAUCAUAACGUUCAAAAUCAGCCGUCAGUGCCUUCGGUUUCGGCCCGCAAUGUCGCUAAAUCGUUAACAAAACUUCUUGCUAGUGGUCUUUCAUGGCAACCUCCCUCAACGUCACCUAUUCCAAAGUUUAGAUUAACAUUUUAUAUAUGUUCGGUUGGUUUUACGUCUCCCAUGUUGUUUGACGAUCGAAAACAUCCCUAUCAUCUGAUGCUCCAGAAGUUUGUUAUGUGUGGCGGUCAGGACGCCUUUUUUAAUACAUUUAAAUGGGCCAUCACCCAAGACGGUCUAGUGCCUCCGGUCCAGGGUCUCGAGCACCCGGACCUACCGGAAGGUGCCGGCGAGUUUCUCGACUCGUGGCUAAUGCUAUUGGAAAAGAUGGUCAAUCCGCGUAUGGUAUUGGAAUCUCCCCAUACAAUGCCGGCCACCAAAACGCCACAGUCGGGCGAUUUUGAACCGUUCAAUGCCGUUCAGUAUCUUAUACGAACCCAUCGGCGGGCCUUUGAAUGUAUAUGUCAUCUAUGGGACAAAAAGCCGCUGAAAGUACACGGCGAACGAAUGUCCGAAUCGAUUCUAGCAAUUCUGUGUCAUAUUCUUAAAGGAGAGGCUAUUAUUCAAGAAAAAUUGGCCAAAGAAAAGGAGACGACAACGACAUCAUCAUCGACUACGACACCUACUGUUACCACUACUACCACCAGCAGUGCUAAUAAUGCUACCACUACUAGUUCAACCAAUACGACAACAACUACCAGUGCUAAUGCAGCCGCAGCGGCUGCUGCGGCCGCCGCUGCCAAUCCUGUAGCUGCAGCAGCAGCAGCUCCUAAUCUGGCACCUGUUGGUACCGGUGCCCCCAAUCGCCCGACAGGUCGUAUCAAUGAAAUCGACGAUCAGGGUAUUAAUUCCGAAAAUCUUCAACAACUGGUCGAUAUGGGUUUCGCCCGGGAAUUGGCAAUCGAUGCACUGAUGCAAACCAAUAGUCUGGAACAGGCAACCGAUUAUCUGCUCAGUCAUCCGGGACCGCUUAGAUCGACACCGGGAUUGCCAACUGACUGGGAUAUGUCCGAAGAGGAUCAGAUGAUGAGAGCCAUUGCCAUGUCGUUGGGCGAAAACAUUACCGUCAACGACGAAGAAGGUGACACUGCAACGACUAGCGGCGACCAGUCCGUCGAAAUCAAAUUGGUUAACGAAGAACCGAUAAACAAAGAACUACUGGAUUCGUUUACCGGUGAUAUACUAUCCGGUUGUCUACGAUUGUUGGAUACACUGCCCGAUACUGUUUACCGAAUAUGCGAUCUGUUACUGGCUGUUGCCCAACGCAACGGUGAUAAAUGGUGUUCGCAAAUGAUAUCGCAUUUGUUGAGCGAAAUCAGUCUGAAUGUAACGAAACUAAUCGAAAGUACCGGUUAUAUGCGCGACGCCGAUAAACGAUCGGUUACCGAAUGGGCCUCACAAGUGGCUCAGAUACCCGAAGCGUCGAAAGCGGCCGCACGGAUCCAUUUGUUUACCCUGUUAUUUGAAGAACUACGACAUCAAUGUGCGUUCAACUUUUCCAAAGCCAAUAUCAUCGACGAUAUGGUAAUACUACUCGAAAAGGCUCACCAUUUGAUGAGUCUGGUGGCCAACAAUAACAAAAACAAUGUGAUAACACCUAAAUGGUUGGCACCGUUGAUACUGUUAAUUGAUUUGUAUGAUAAAGCGGCCAUUGCCUCGUCCCGGAGGACACCCUUAUUGAAGGCUACGAAACGAUUGUGGAAAUGGUUUGACGACCGUACUGGUCGCUGGUCAGCCUAUGUAGCCGCAAAUAACAAAGCUAUUGACGAAGCCUAUAAAAAUGGCGAACAAGUUAUCCGAUUUUCGGCCGGUCGUCGUCGAUAUACUGUUCAAUUGUCGACAAUGGUUCAGAUUAACGAAGAAACUGGCAAUUGGCGACCGAUUAUGUUUGUUGUGGACGAGUCAGCUAAACAAUCAAAUGAUGAUAAUAACAGUAGUGACCUCACAAAAAGUGGUGGCCAACAAUCGGAUACCGAAAAACUGACACCAGUUAUCGAAUCCAGACACUGUCAGUCGUUGAUUACGACUUUGGUCGGCUUUAUCAACAUACCUGUCGAAGCCGAUACUUUGCACGCCGUUAUGCGACUGUGUCUUCGUCUAACACGUAAUAACGAAACUGCGGCCUUGUUUGCCGAACAGGGAGGCGUUCGGGCUGUCCUACAGUUGACUCAGGCGUCGGCUUUCACCGGUUUUACAUCACUGGCCACACUCAUAAUCAGACACGUACUCGAAGACCCCUAUACUUUACGACAGACAAUGGAAAAAGUGAUUCGUAUGCAAACACAUCAUUCGCCGCUCGCUUGCCGUGAAAUGCAUUACAUUAUGCGUGUGUUGGGUCCGGCCGCCUGUCGUGACGACAAACUGUUCAUCGAAAUGGCCAAAUCUGUACUGCGAAUCAAUCUGAUACCACUGACCAAACGUGAAGAAGAAGAUCCCCGAGCAUUGAACUCUAAUUCGACACAAUUUCUCAAAGUAUUACCGGGAAAACUGUCAGUUAACGAACAGAUGAAUACCAGCACUUCAUCCUCAGUCACCAACACAUCAAACAUUAGUCGCGAAGUUAUAUGCGAUCUAUUGAAUGCACUGACCGUAAAAUCGGCCAACAAUUCAGCCGACAACGAAACAGCGGUUGUUAACACUCAAAUAAACAGUGCCGUCAGUACCACUGUCAGCCAGAUUAUCAAUCGUGACGCCAGUGCCGAUAUGAUACAAGCCGACGAUACGGACGAAAUAUCCAACGAUAACGAUGUCGCCUCGUCCACUACGACCACUCCGCCAGCGGAACAACAGUUGAAAACUGCUACAGUUCUCAAUGUUCUGACUGCCGAUGAAGAGGCUAACAAUAAGAAAAGUCGUAUACUGUUGACACAGUCGCUGAUAUUGAGACUAUUAGCCGAAUUGACCCGAUCUUACAAUAUUGUUGCCAAAGCUAUCUGCGAUCACAUCUAUACAAGUGGUCAAUCAGAGCUCAUAACCGAAGAAUGCACUGCACUGUCGUUCAUAUUGGAUCAUCUGUUACCGCCGACACAGACAAUCGGCGAUCGCGAUUGUUCCGCACUAUCACGUGUACUAUUUGCUGCCCUGGCAUCGGCCACUCAUACACCCGAAGUUCAGCAAAGUUUAGUCAACGAAGUCAAGUCGGCACUACAUCGGACUCUUAUUCUGAACGAAUCCAACGAAAAACACGCUAAGAUUCAGGCGCUGACUUCGCUGAUCAGUACAAUGAUCGAGUCGUGUCCGGCACCGACAACUGCUUCGUCGUCAUCGUCGCAACAGAAUAUCCAGAAUUCGUUGCGCAGUCAGACCAGUCUGAUGAACGGUAUCGUCAAAAAUCUAUUACGCCGCGGACUGGUUACCGAUUUGGCCCGCGUUACCCAUUCACUGGACUUGUCAUCACCGAAUAUGGCCCAAACAGUGAAUGCAACUCUGAAACCGUUGGAAACACUGUCACGGAUUGUCAACAUUCCGCCACAAAUUGCACUGAAAAGCGGUGGCAAAUCUAUGUUCAAAUCAGAACAAAACAAUACAAACGCUGAGGCCAUGGAAGAAGAUGUUGUUGUGGCCACCAAUCUGAACAAUUCACAAACGGCUACAUUUUCCACACAGACAUUAUCGUCGGAAGUCAAUCAUCAACCGAACAACAAUGAAACUACUGGUGUACUACUACCGAACGGUAACUCGUUUGCCGAUAAUCAAAAUGAAUCGAAUAAUGUCGGCGACGAUAUUGGCGGCAAUUUUGUGGCCACCGAAGUGGCUGAAGUCGACGAUACUGUCGAACAGGAACAAGAAGCCUAUGUUCUGGACAGUCUUUGCGAAUUUAAUGAUUCAGUUCAUCCGCGUAGCGGAACCUUUACUUCGGACGGUAUUCGUACGGAUGACGAUGAAGAAGAUCAACAUAACGACGAUAUUGAACACGAAGACAAUGCCGAACACCACUCCGAACAUCACGACAAUGUAAUCAAUUCGAAUGGUGCCGAAAGCGAAAGUGGAGACGACUCGCAAAGUGAUGACGACGACGAUGAUGAAGAUGGCAGCGCUGCCGAUGAAGAACGUGACGACGAUGAUGAUGACGAUGACGACGAAGAUGAUGAACACAUUGAUGACGACGACGACGAUGAAGAUCCCGAGGAAGAUGAUGAAGUAUCGGCUUAUGUCGAACCCGACGAUAUUGGCGAACAUGUAUUCCGUUAUCACGAUCGAGACGAUGGUCUGGUGUUUGAUUUGGAAGAAAUGUUUCCGGCUUCGGUACUACACGUUGGCGAUCGUCUAUCGACACUUCUGCCGAUCAUUGGUGACGAACAAACCAAUGGAACCGAUGCAACACAGCCAACAGUACCGCCGGCACCGGGAAACGUAUCCAUAUCUCAUCCGCUUCUUGUCCGCCACGGCGACAAUGCCGGGGCUUCCGUACUGUCUCACAGCGCCAAUACCAAUGCCGGCACUGCCGGAAUACUGACCAACCGAUCGCAUAGAGCCAAUCGUCAGCGAAUCUAUAGACCAUCGUUGGGUACCAGUGCUGCCAAUCAUCAUAGUUGGCAUUUGCCUACCACCAGACAUCCGAAUCCGCCAGCAAUACUCCAACGUCUGUUGGGUCCAAAUACGGCUCAAGAUAUACUACAGUUGACCAGUUCGUCGGGUUUGGGUGCCGGUUCGACAUCGGCUCAAGUAAUCCUAACGAGCAAUGAUCUGCAUAUAUUGGCCACCGAUGACGAACUGUUUGAAUUGCAAAAUCCUAAUUCAUUUGUUUCGGGAAAUUCGAGUUCGACAUUAGGCUCUGUGCCGUCGGCAAUGCUCCGGUGGACAGAAGAAUCGCGUGUCUUAGACGGCGAUUCAUUGCAUGAUUGUGUUUCGUUGAUUAAGAAAGAAAUCAUCGACUGUCUGGAGAAACAUCGCGACGACGAACUCAAUGAUAGAAGAGAAAAGAAGAAGAAAGAAGACGAAGAAAAACGAUUAGCCGAAGAAAAGUCCAAAUCAAAUGAAUCGGUGAAACCUGAUAGCGAACAGGUAAACAUGAGUACCGAGAAGUUGGCCGCUUCGCUGGUCGAACAAGUACUCGGACCGGCUUACCAGAGUUCGUCUGCCGCCGCCGCCAAUAACCGAACGGCUGGUCUGGCCGACGACGAUGUUGCCGAAGUUUCGCCAGCCGUUUCAAUGGAAGUAACCGAAACUGCGUCGACAAACGGAGACUUUAGUAGCAUUCAAAAUGACAACGAAGUUACCGAAAUGGUGUGCACUGAAACUCAAGUAAUACCCGAUAUGCCUGAGAUGAACGCUUUUGACCAACGAAUCCAAAUGGUUAUCAACGACCGAAUCGAAAUGGAUAUCAAUAACGAUAAUGAUGUCGAUGACGACGACGAUGAUGUCGACGAUGGUGUUGAUGAUGAUGAUGACGACGAAACAAAUCAAUCGUCACUUAGUGAACAACAACAUCAGCAGCCAAUUAUGCCAUCACUGAAUCCAUUAUUGCAACCAAUUGAUACACAACAACAACACACUAAUACGACUAACCCACCCGAUAGACCGCCGCCGCCUGUCCACUACGAACAGGACAGCGAUGUCGGCAAUGCUAUUACACCUGAAGAUCUAUCAACGAUGACCAAUACAAGUAGCGAAGGUUUGAACAACAAUAUGGUAGCCAUCGGCGAUGAGAGCCAAACACAUACUACAUCGACUACUUCUAUCGAAUCGAUUGUACCAUCGCUGACACCGACUAUAAUAGCACCGACGCAGCCGCCACCCCAACAAAUCCAGACUAUUGGCGAAGCACUACUUGCCCAACAACUACAACAACCUGUUGACGAUCUAUUGAGUGCAACAAUUAAUGCGCCAAACAAUAUAAAUACAGAACCAGAUAUUCCCGAAGGUGUUGAUCCAUCAUUUUUGGCAGCUUUGCCCGAAAAUAUUCGCCAAGAAGUUAUUGCCGAACAUUUGCGUCUCCAGCGUCUGCAACAACAGCGGACCACUGCCGCCAACAUUACAACCACUCAGGCCUCGAGCAGUGCCCAGAGUAGCAACACAUUUACCGAAGUUAAUCCCGAAUUUUUAGCCGCUUUGCCGCCCAAUAUACAGGAAGAGGUGUUGGCCCAGCAGCGGGCCGAACAACAGCGUAUUGCUCAACAAACGGCCAAUCCGGACACACCGGUAGACGCCGGUAGUUUUAUUGGUACAUUGCCGCCGAGUUUGCGGCGCCAAGUUUUGGCCGAUAUGGACGACAGUCAACUGGCACUGUUGCCGCCCGAUGUGGCCACCGAAGCUCAAGCACUGCGCCAGGAGUUGGAGGCCAGACACAGGCAAAUGCAGGAGCGCUUCUUCUCGAGUCACGCCGGAACUGCUUUGUCUCGUAUUCUUCGUACAGCAGCUACAGGUCGAAUGGGUGGUACCCGAUAUACUAUACAUACAGUACCGCCUGGCCAGUGGCCAUGGAAUAUUGGCCGAUCGGGUGCCGGCGGUAGUAAUCUGAAUGCCAGUUCCAGUGUUAACGCUCAUCGGCCGACAUUUACAAGCAGUCGUUUCAAAGGCCGACAAUUGCUCGAUAACGAAGCCCUAUCCUGUCUGCUGAUCCUAUUGUUUGUCGAAGAACCCAAACUCAAUACCAUUCGUCUGCAUCGUGUUCUACGUAAUCUAUGCUAUCAUAUACCCACUCGACAGUGGGUCAUACAUUCGCUGUUGGCCAUUAUGGAGAAGACAAAAGAGCUCAAAGAGCUGACCAGCGAAUCGACUCGUCCGCGCAAAGGAAGUAAUGCCAGUUCGUCGACACAGAACCAUAAAAGUGCCAUUCAUUCGAACUCUUCGUGGCUGUCCAUCAGCUUAGACGCCGCACUCGGCUGUCGAACAAACGUAUUUCAAGUCCAGAGAACCGGCGGUUCGUCGUCGGCCUCGUCGUCGUCGUCAUCCAGCGCUAAAAAGAGUGGCAGUUCUUGCGGCCCAAGUGUAAGCACUAUUACCAUUCAUCCGCAGGCAGCGCCGUUGGUCUGCCGGCACGUAUUGGACACACUGAUAGCUUUGGCCAAAUCGUUUCCCAAUCAUUUUCUGCCCGACGCUCAUCAAAUGUCUGCCGGCGUCGUCACUGCCAAGACUGACGACUCCUCUGCUGCUUCUGCUGCUGCUGUUCCGACUACUCCUUCCUCGUCUUCUUCUUCAUCAUCAAAAGGUGUUACCGAUUUCUGGGACGUAUUGGUUAAACUGGAUUCCAGUAGUAAUAGUCGUAAAGGAAAGAGUGUAUUGAAAAGUCAAAGUAUGUGUAUGUCCGGUCUAAACACAUCCCAGACCACCGAUCCGGACGCGAGCCAAUGCAAUGUCGAACCGUCUCCAAUGUCUAACAUAAUCUGUUUGCUAUCGCAUUCGGUAAUCAAACGAAGUUCAAUGCUUACCGAUCGGUUGUUGCGUCUGUUGGCACUAAUAUCGUUGGCAUUGCCGGCAAAUGAAACUACUUUACGCCAAUCGCAGCCAUUGAUACCAUCUACCUCUACAUCAACAGCUGCUGCUUCAGCACCAGUAGUAGUGACCACAGCUAACACUGAGAUGACAGUUGAUUCGAGAGUCGCCGCCAAUGCCGCUGCCGAUACUAACGAACUGUCCAACGAUACGAAUAGCGAUAAUGUAUUAAACGAUAAAAAGAGCAACAUUUCUAUCGGCGACACAUCUUCGUCCACGUCAUCACUGGAAACGAAAAUCGAAAAGAUUAUAGCGUCUGAAGAACAACUCAAACUGGCCGUCGAUGUACUGACAUCUAAGUCGUGUUCGGAAGAAGGCCUCGAAGAUGCCACUGCUCUACUGUUGCGACUGUCGCGCAGCUGCGGUACCACUCGGGGUGCAGUACUUCGCCUAUUACUUCGUGGCGCACAAGAACUGGGUUCAGUUGUCUGCCAACACAUCGACAGUCUAGUACAAGAACUGAAGGCACUGAAUGCCAACAUUUCCGAAUCGAUUGCCAACGACCCGGACAGUCAGAGUCCCGAAAAGAUGGGCAAAGGUCUGUUUCAGGACCGCUUUACCAACACUUUGGUUGUCAUUACGGCGCCGUCUAAUGUCAAACAUAAUAUAACGGCCCGUGAGGUACAGCUACCGUCGAUGUCCGCCCUGACAUCGAAAGCCUCGAGUCAAUCGUUUUUUCUAAGAAUACUGAAAGUGAUAAUCCAAUUGCGGGAAACUAUUAGACAUCAAAAGACUAAGAAGACAACACCACCGACAACAACAACAACAGAUAACAACAUUGCUAUGGAAGUGGACGGUCAGGACGACAGUCUCAGUGGUGAACUACAUCUGGAAGAUCUGUGGGCAGCACUGAGUGCCUGUUUGCUCGAAUUGGCCGACACACCCGAUCAUCACGCCGUACUUGUACUGCAGCCGGCCGUCGAGGCAUUCUUUUUGGUUCACGCGACCGAAAAAGAUCCGACCAAACGCCGCGACAACAAACACGAAACUCGUGACCAACAAUUGGCUCACAUUAAUCGGGAAGUGGCACCACUGUCGCCGGCAGCGCCAGGCGAUUCGUUGACUGGCGAUCCGAACUCGACGGUUACCAAUUUGCCGCCGGAUACACAAAAAUUUUUGACAUUUGCCGAAACGCAUCGCGUUGUUUUGAAUCAAAUUCUACGCCAAUCGUCUACACCGCUGGCCGAAGGACCGUUUGCCGUACUGGUCGAUCACACCCGUGUACUUGAUUUCGAUGUCAAGCGGCGCUAUUUUCGCCAAGAAUUGGAACGAACCGAUGACGGCGCCCGACGUGAAGAUCUUGCCGUUCAUGUCCGACGGGAACACGUUUUCGAAGAUUCGUUUCGCGAACUGCAUCGUCGCGGUGCCGAAGAAUGGAAAAAUCGUUUCUAUAUUGUGUUCGAAGGCGAAGAAGGCCAGGACGCUGGCGGUCUACUACGGGAAUGGUAUACCAUUAUAUCGCGCGAAAUAUUCAAUCCGAUGUACGCCUUGUUUACCACAUCGCCGGGCGAUCGGGUAACCUAUAUGAUCAACAGUGCCAGUCAUUGUAAUUCAAAUCAUUUGAGUUAUUUUAAAUUUGUCGGCCGAGUCAUUGCUAAGGCCAUCUACGACAACAAACUACUCGAAUGCUAUUUCACCCGUUCCUUCUAUAAGCAUAUACUGGGAAAACUUGUUAAAUACACUGAUAUGGAAAGCGAAGACUAUGCCUUCUAUCAGGGUUUGGUCUUUCUAUUGGAACACGAAGUCCAAGAUCUCGGCUACGAACUGACCUACAGUAUCGAAAUCCAAGAGUUCGGUGUUACCGAAGUACGCGAUCUGAAACCAAAUGGUCGCAACAUACCGGUUACCGAAGAAGUCAAACACGAAUACGUUCAUCUGGUUUGCCAGGAAAAGAUGACCGGAUCUAUUAAGAAACAGUUGAACGCCUUUCUCGAAGGUUUCUACGAAAUUAUACCGAAACGUUUUAUAUCGAUAUUCAACGAACAAGAACUGGAACUACUGAUAUCUGGUUUGCCUAAUGUCGACAUUGACGAUCUGAAAGCGAACAGCGAAUAUCAUAAAUAUCAGCAAAAUUCGCUACAAAUUCAAUGGUUUUGGCGGGCGUUGCGCAGCUUUGACCAGGCCGAUCGGGCCAAGUUUCUACAGUUUGUUACCGGCACGUCGAAAGUACCGCUCCAGGGUUUCGGUGCGCUGGAAGGUAUGAACGGUUCGCAAAAGUUUCAGAUACACCGGGACGACCGGUCCACCGAUCGGCUGCCAUCUGCACAUACGUGCUUUAACCAACUGGAUCUGCCAGCCUAUGAGACAUACGACAAACUAAGACUAAUGUUACUCAAAGCGAUUCAAGAGUGCUCUGAAGGAUUCGGUUUUGCCUAAAGAAAACAAUUGAUCACAAAAACCGAUAACUUAUUCAUGUUUUGUUUAAUUAAAAAAAAACAAAAAUAUUAAUUAAUUAAUUAAUUAAUUAAUUAAUAUUUAUUAUU